CUCCGCCGAGUCCCCGCCCGACAGUCCGCCGGGCCCGGCCGGCCGCAGACGGGGCCUGGGCGGCCGCGCGGGGCACUCGGAAACUCGAGGCGUCCGUCGGGAGGCGUCGGCGCUGCCGCUGGCCCGCCACGGGGCCCGGCACACAGGACGGCGGCACCAUGUUCUCGCUCAAGCCGCCCAGACCCACCUUCAGAUCCUACCUCCUGCCGCCGCCGCCUCAGACCGACGAUAAGAUCGAUUCGGAACCGAAGAUCAAAAAACUGGAGCCAGUCCUUUUGCCAGGAGAAAUUGUUGUAAAUGAAGUCAAUUUUGUGAGAAAAUGUAUUGCAUCAGACACAAGUCAAUAUGAUUUGUGGGGAAAGCUGGUUUGCACUAACUUCAAAAUCUCCUUUAUUACGGACGACCCGAUGCCUUUGCAGAAAUUCCAUUACAGAAACCUCCUUCUUGGAGAACAUGAUGUCCCUUUAACGUGUAUCGAACAGAUUGUCACAGUAAAUGACCACAAGAGGAAGCAGAAAGUACUUGGCCCUAAUCAGAAACUGAAAUUUAAUCCUACAGAGUUAAUUAUUUAUUGUAAAGAUUUCAGAAUUGUCAGAUUUCGCUUUGAUGAAUCAGGUCCUGAAAGUGCCAAAAAGGUAUGCCUUGCAAUAGCUCAUUAUUCCCAGCCAACAGACCUUCAGCUACUCUUUGCAUUUGAAUAUGUUGGGAAAAAAUACCACAAUUCAGCAAAUAAAAUGAAUGGAAUACCCUCUGGAAGUGGAGGAGGAGGCGGAAGUGGAUCUGGUGGUGGCAGCAGCCCAAAAACUCCGCUGUUUGAAACAUACUCCGACUGGGACAGAGAAAUGAAGAGGACUGGGGCUUCGGGUUGGAGAGUUUGUUCUAUUAAUGAGGGUUACAUGAUAUCCACGUGCCUUCCAGAAUACUUCGUAGUGCCAAGUUCAUUAGCAGACCAAGAUCUAAAGAUCUUUUCUCAUUCUUUUGUUGGAAGACGGAUGCCACUCUGGUGCUGGAGUCACUCCAAUGGCAGUGCCCUUGUGCGAAUGGCCCUCAUCAGAGAUGUGCUGCAGCAAAGGAAGAUUGACCAGAGGAUUUGUAAUGCAAUAACUAAAAGUCACCCACAGAGAAGCGAUGUUUACAAAUCAGAUUUGGAUAAGACCUUGCCAAACAUUCAAGAAAUACAGGCGGCAUUUGUUAAACUAAAACAACUAUGCGUUAAUGAGCCUUUUGAAGAAACGGAAGAGAAAUGGUUGUCUUCACUAGAAAGUACCCGGUGGUUGGAAUAUGUCAGGGUUUUCCUUAAACAUUCAGCAGAACUUGUAUACGUACUAGAAAGCAAACAUCUCUCUGUAGUCCUACAAGAGGAGGAGGGAAGAGACUUGAGCUGUCUGGUGGCUUCUCUCAUUCAAGUGAUGCUGGAUCCUCACUUUAGGACGAUCACCGGGUUUCAGAGUCUGAUUCAGAAGGAGUGGGUUAUGUCAGGAUACCCGUUCCUGGACAGAUGCAACCAUUUAAAGAGAUCGGAGAAAGAGUCUCCGUUAUUCUUGCUCUUCCUGGAUGCCACGUGGCAGCUGUUGGAACAGUACCCAGCAGCCUUUGAGUUCUCGGAGACUUACUUAGCAGUGCUGUGCGACAGCACCCGGAUCUCCCUGUUCGGCACCUUCCUCUUCAACUCGCCCCACCAGCGGGUGAAGCAGAGCACCGAAUUUGCUAUAAGCAAAAAUAUUCAGUUGGGUGAUGAAAAGGGCUUAAAAUUCCCCUCAGUUUGGGACUGGUCGCUUCAGUUUACGGCAAAGGACCGCACACUUUUCCAUAACCCCUUCUACAUUGGGAAAAGCAUGCCUUGUGUGCAAAACGGCUCGGCCAAGUCUGUGAAACGGACUAAGAAAAACUACAGCUCCACUCUGCGAGGAAUGCCACCACCCCUCCGGAACGGACUCCUCAGCGAGCACAAUUCUCUGCCCAGGAGAAACUCCCUCAUCCUGAAACUGAAGCCGGAGCCGCCUCAGCACAGCACUGGCCAGGGCAGCGAUGCGGAGCGGUACUUCGCAGCGUGGUUCUCCAAGCCAUGCGACCUGCACGGCACGAUUCUGCCGCAUCUGUCUGGGAUGCACAUCAAGCUCUGGAAGCUGUGCUACUUCCGCUGGGUCCCUGAGGCACAGAUCAGCCAAGGUGGCUCCAUCACUGCCUUCCACAAGCUCUCUCUGCUGGCCGACGAGGUGGAUGUGCUGGGGAGGAUGCUGCGGCAGCAGCAUGGCGGCCCCCUGGCAGCCUGCUACGGCGAGCUGCAGCAGAGCCGGCUGUACUUCCGAGCCAGUGGCCCGCUGGAGGCUGCGACCACGCCCGAGUUCCUCUCCUCCUCCUUCCCUUUCUCUCCUGUCGGCAAUCUGUGCAGACGAAGCAUCUUGGGAACGCCACUGAGCAAAUUUUUAAGUGGAGCCAAAAUUUGGUUAUCUACUGAGACACUAGCAAAUGAAGACUGAAGUGUAGUAUUUUUCUAAAUAUUCUGAAGGAAGCUGUAAAUUUUUUUUGCCUCUAAAUUAGAAGUGCUAACCCAGGCUUUUAAAUCUUUGAUAACUUUUAUCUGUAAGAAAAACAGGUGGAAUUUGCACUAGUAUUUGGAAACAUUGGAUCAUGCUUCCUUCAGUUUUAUAUGUAGCCUUUUUCAUGUCCUCUUUGUCGGUGUGGCAAGGCAGGCACGCAGUCCCCACUCCAG